GAUUAGUUUGGGAAGUAGCACGGAUUGCUCAUCCGAUCCGUGCAGCCGCAGCUAGUGUGUCAAGUUACAGAGGCGCCGGAAUCGGCCCCAGCGCUCCUCGGCAGCGGCCACGACCCACCUCUGCCCAUGGGGCCCUCCAUGUGCACCCCUUCGCCCCGGGACUGAAACUGGCUCGCCCGGGCGACGGGAAACACCAAGAAGGACAGACAGUGCUGAACCCACUCCGGACUGCGGAUACUUGAAGGGAAAGACGGGGCAGAAAAAAGAGCCGGCCAGAUUUCCCUAACUUUCCUGGACUUGGAACGUUCUUCGAAGCAACUUUUUUUUUUUCACCUGGGUGUACCCCCCGAUUACUGCUGGUUUUUUUUUUUUGUUUUUUUGCUCCCCCCGUUCCCCCUCCAGCUGCUAUUUUUUCCAUCCUCUUUGCCGAGAGCAAAGGAAAGGGACAUUUUUCCAGCGACACAAGCCUUUUCCCUACUGCCCCGGAGCUUGAGAUCGCGCUUUGGGGCAGCGGCUCUCGCCUUUAUUUAUUCUAUUUAUUUAUUUAUUGGUUCUCAAGACGCGAGGGGAUGGUAGCGGAGCGCUCUCGCAAAGCGACAGCCGCCGGUGCCCGCGGCCCUGCGGAGCUGGGCGCACCCGGGACAGUGGCGCUGGCGGUGGCGCCGGCGGAGCGCUGCGCGCGGCUGCCGAGCCCGGGGUCGUGCGGGCUGCUGGCGCUGGCCCUCUGCUCGCUGGCGCUCAGCCUGCUCGCCCACUUUCGGACGGUCGAGCUGCAGGCCCGGGUGCUGCGCCUGGAAGCGGAGCGUGGGGAGCAGCAAAUGGAGCCGGCUAUUUUGGGACGAGUCAACCAACUGCUGGAUGAGAAAUGGAAGCUCCACUCACGGAGGCGCCGGGAGACCCUGAAGACAUCCCCAGGAUGUCACUGCCCGCCAGGGCCUCCUGGUCCUGCUGGAAGACCCGGCCUCCCGGGGGACAAAGGUGCCAUUGGGAUGCCUGGACGUGUGGGAGGAAAGGGCCAACCAGGCGAGAAGGGCGCCCCAGGAGAUGCCGGCAUGUCCAUCAUUGGUCCCCACGGCCCCCCUGGUCAGCCAGGCACCCGAGGUUUUCCAGGAUUUCCGGGUCCCAUUGGGCUCGACGGCAAACCGGGCCGGCCGGGACCAAAGGGGGAGAUGGGACCUCAAGGACAAAAGGGAGAAAAGGGUCAGUGUGGCGAGUACCCACACCGGCUGCUGCCUCUCCUCAAUUCAGUGCGGCUGGCUCCACCCCCAGUCAUUAAAAGGCGGACCUUCCAGGGUGAACAGGGCCAGGCUGGCAUCCAAGGCCCACCAGGGCCACCAGGCCCUCCCGGACCGAGUGGACCUCUGGGGCACCCAGGACUGCCAGGGCCCAUGGGGCCACCAGGCUUACCUGGGCCUCCUGGACCAAAGGGAGACCCAGGGAUCCAGGGCUACCACGGCCGGAAGGGAGAACGGGGCAUGCCAGGGAUGCCGGGCAAACACGGAGCAAAGGGUGAACCUGGGAUCCCAGGAGCCAAGGGUGAGAAGGGGGCUGCGGGGUCCCCCGGGCCACUCGGCCUCUUGGGGCAGAAGGGAGAAAAAGGCGAUGCUGGCAACUCCAUUGAAGGAGGCAGAGGGGAGCCCGGUCUCCCAGGGCCUCCUGGACCCCCAGGGCCAAAGGGGGAAACUGGAGCAGAUGGCCAGCCAGGCCCCCCAGGACAGCAAGGAGACAAGGGGGAGCCUGGACCAGCUGGAGAACAGGGACCUACUGGCCCCAAGGGCUCCAAGGGCGAAACUGGGAAAGGAGAGAUGGUGGACUACAACGGCAACAUCAACGAGGCUCUCCAGGAGAUCCGGACACUGGCCUUGAUGGGGCCCCCUGGUCUUCCUGGGCAGAUCGGCCCACCCGGAGCUCCAGGGAUCCCAGGCGAGAAGGGGGAGAUUGGACUGCCAGGCCCUCCCGGACUCGAUGGGGAAAAGGGACCUCGAGGCAAACCAGGAGAUGUGGGCCCUCCUGGUCCCCAAGGCCCCCCAGGAAAGCCUGGGCCUGCAGGAAUGAAGGGAGAAGACGGCCUCCCGGGGAGCCCAGGAGAGAAGGGGGAGAAAGGGGAGACGGGGCAGCCGGGACCACCGGGUCUAGACGGCCCAACUGGGGAGAAAGGAGAACCAGGUGACCAAGGGAGACCCGGAGCGACUGGACUUCCUGGCCCAAUCGGGCUCCCAGGAUUUAUAGGAGAGAAAGGAGAACCAGGGGAGAAGGGUGACCCAGGAACGGAGGUUCCUGGGCCACCAGGGCCAGAGGGGCCUCCUGGACCUCCGGGGCUCCAAGGCGUUCCUGGACCAAAGGGGGAAGCAGGACUAGACGGAGCAAAAGGAGAAAAGGGCGUCCAGGGAGAAAAAGGAGACCGAGGUCCUCUGGGAUUACCCGGAGCUUCAGGUUUGGACGGCAGGCCUGGGCCACCGGGUACUCCAGGACCAAUCGGAGUUCCAGGCCCAGCGGGACCAAAGGGAGAGAGGGGCAGCAAAGGUGACCCUGGGAUGACAGGACCAACGGGAGCAGCUGGGCUUCCUGGUUUACACGGACCACCCGGGGACAAAGGAAACCGGGGGGAGAGGGGGAAGAAAGGCUCUAGAGGGCCUAAGGGGGAUAAGGGAGACCAAGGAGCGCCUGGAUUAGAUGCCCCCUGUCCAUUGGGUGAAGAUGGCUUGCCAGUCCAGGGCUGCUGGAACAAGUGAUGCCUCUAACCUGGGAUUGGCCUGUGUGUGUGUUUGUACAUAGAAUAUUUAUUUUUAUACAGUUUUCACUUUUUGAAAAUGCCCGAAGUAUGAUGCAUCUUACAGAUUAUUUUUUAAAAAAGGAAAACCUGCAUAUUUUGUACAGAAAAUACCAACCUCUUCCCUUUUGUUUACAAGAUGUUUUGCAUACGUCUAAGACUCUAAUACACUUUUCACUUGUGAGUA